AUGCCGGAUCGUGACAAGAGUAAUAGGGGGCCGAGAUACAUGCAGUAUACGCCACUCAACACCAGCAGGGCUAAGGUGUUAGAACAGGCCCUAGCCACCGAAGUAUUGGCCGUCCCCCAAAGAGCCAUGACCCCACCGCACGCCGAUAAAACAAAAGCAUGCCAGUUCCACCGGAAUAGAGGGCACACUACUGAAGAGUGUUCUGCCCUUCGGGACCGAAUUGAAGACCUUGAUAAGGCUGGACACCUUCAAAGCUUUGUUCGAUCGUCAGACAACCGAAGGAACGACAAUCGUCCUGGUAGGGGGGAGUACAGAAGGGAGAAUCAGGAUCGGGCACCUCGGCGGAAUCAAUCCCGCGAGCAUAGUAGGUCCCAGGACAGAAACAAUCAACGGGACCAGAAUCAACUUAGACGAGUCAUAAACACCAUUGCUGGAGGCUUCGCAGGAGGAGGAAGCUCAUCUUCAGCCCGGAAGAGACACUUGAGAGCCAUCCAGUCGGUCAACGCUAUAGGCCGGGCAUCUCCCAUUCGUAUGCCCCCUAUAACAUUCACUGACCGAGAUUUUCAAGGCAUUGACCCGGUACAGGACGAUCCCAUGGUCAUCAGUGUAGAGAUCAAUAACUGUAUCGUGAAGAAGACUCUGGUCGAUCGGGGUAGUUCGGCGGACAUUUUGUACUGGAAGACAUUCGAGCAACUGGUCAUUCUGGAACAGGAAUUGACGCCCUACAAUGAACCUUUGGUAGGAUUUUUGGGUGAACGGGUGGACACUCGAGGGACGAUAGACUUAUAUACCUACUUCGGGGAUGACCAACGUAGGCGGAUCAUGGUGCGAUACGUGGUUGUGAACGCCAACACCUCGUAUAACAUUCUAUUGGGCAGACCCUCUCUGAACAAGCUCCGAGCCAUAGUAUCUACUCCACAUUUGACUAUGAAGUUUCCGUUAGAGGAAGGGACCGUCAUCAUCGUGCAUGCCGAUCAGAAAACAGCACGCGAAUGUUACUUUGCCAGUUUAAGGGUACAACCAACUACAAAGCCAAGACGAAGAUAG